CAUGAAGCACGGCACGACAAGAGAUCUCAUUGCCAAAGAGCUUAGUGUGCUCUGUUUUGAGAUGGAGGCGGCUGGGCUGAUGGACAAAUUCCCAUCCUUGGUCAUUCGGGGCAUCUGCGAUUACGCGGACUCGCACAAGACAAAGGAGUGGCAGCCGUACGCUGCAGCUACAGCAGCUGCGUACGCGAAGGAGCUUCUCUCAUUCGUUCAAGCUCAUGUCGGCCAAAGUACACCCACCCCUCCAGUGUCUUCUGUCGACGGUAAGAGUGGCACUGCCUUGCUUUUCGUGUUUGAACGGGUUCUGACCAACAUGUUUAUAGAUGAGCUUGAAACGACGCAACAACAAAGGCUCCUUCUUCUAGCAUCCUUGGAAUUCGAAAACAUCGGGAGCCGUCACGAAGGCAUCCGGAGAGCACACGCCAAGACCUGCCAGUGGCUGCUUAAGCACCCCGACUAUACGAGCUGGCAGAAUGACGAGAAGUUCAGCGACCACCACGGGUUUCUUUGGAUCAGCGGGAAGCCUGGUGCCGGAAAAUCCACCAUCAUGAAGUUCCUUGUCAGUCAAGCUAGUCGGUCCCCAAAGGCGGUCGUCAUAUCCUUCUUCUUCAACGCCAGAGGAGAUACUCUCGAGAAGACGGUCUUGGGGCUGUAUCGAUCCCUCUUGCAUCAACUUCUCGAACAACUUCCGGACUUGCAGGAGGUUCUAGAUGGCACAAGGCUUCCUUUUUUGGGAAAAGCCACAUCUCAUACAUGGAAGCUCGACCAUCUGAGGUCCCUGUUCUUGGACGCAAUCAAAAGAGUCAAGAAGCGUCAGGUGAUCUGUUUCAUCGACGCUCUCGACGAAUGCCCCGAGGAUCAGGUCAGGGAAAUGCUGGAUUUCUUCCAGGAGCUUGGGCAGCGCGCUGUCUUGAGCAAAAUUCGCAUGCACACUUGCUUUUCCAGCCGCCACUACCCGCACAUUGGCAUCAAGAACGGGGUGAGGCUGACUUUGGAGGCCCAAGCCGGUCACGCCAAAGACCUUGAGGAAUAUGUGCGAACGAAGUUGGAGAACGGCGACGCGGAAAGUCCUAAAGCUAUCGAUAUUGUGAAACAGAUUCUGCAAAAGGCAUCCGGAGUGUUCAUGUGGGCUGUUCUGGUCGUGGAAAUACUCAACAAGGAGUAUCAGAGAGGCCGCAUAUUCGCAGUGCAAGGGCGUCUCGAUACGAUACCAGCGAAACUGGGCGACCUCUUCAAGGACAUCUUGACCCGGGACAACGAGAACAUGGACGACUUGCGCCUCUGCAUCCAGUGGAUUCUCUUCAGCAGAAGACCGCUGAAACUGAAGGAGUACUACUUCGCUCUGGCGUCUGGACUGGAAACCGAUGACGCUUUGGUGUGGGACUCUUCUCAGAUUCCGCAAAAAAUCAUGGAGCUGUUUGUCUUGAGCUCAUCCAAAGGUCUUGCCGAGACUACUGCGACAUCCAAGGCGACGAACACGGACCCCACGGUUCAGUUCAUUCAUGAGUCGGUUCGGGAUUUUCUGCUCAAAGACGAUGGCAUCAGAGCCAUCUGGCCGGAUGCAGGACCUGACUUUGAGGCGAAAAGCCACGAAAGGUUGAAAUCUUGCUGCUUUUCGUACAUCAAGGUUGCCGCCUCGCACUGGUUAUCCAACUCAUUGUCUGCUGGAACGUCACUUCCGAAGGCAUGCUCGUAUGAGGCGAACGACCUACGACUCCUUGUUGGAAACAUGCUACCAUUUUUGGAGUACGCCAACAGUCAGCUUUUUUCCCAUGCCGAAUGUGCUGCAGCUGUCAUGUCAAAGAUACGCUUCCUCCAAGAGUUCAGGCCGAUCCAGGCUGCGUGGGUCGUAUUCUUCAACCUUCUCGAAAAGUACGAAGUGCGUCGACUCCACAAGAAGGUGAGUCUUCUCUGCAUUCUGGCGAUCCAGAACUCGAGUUCCCUGCUUCGAGAAUGCCUAAGCCUCGGCAUUGGAGCAGAAGAGCCAACGCUGCGGGUUAGCAUGGAGCACUACUGCACACCACUUCACGCGGCCGUCUUCAAAGGUUCCCAAGAGGCAGCCGAAGUACUAGUGCGCUACAGCGCUAAGAAUGGGGGAAGCCUACGCAAGCAGGCGGUGAGGGAGCUUCAUAUUGAUGUCGUCAACAAGAGGGGGCGUACUGCUCUAUCAAUCGCCGUCGAGAAGGAGCAAAGCAGAGUUGUACGGGCGUUGCUCAGACGUGGAGCGGACACGACACACAAGGACAGGAACGGCCAUACUCCUUUUGAUAUGGCCAUUGAGAAAGGCCAUGUACCUACGGCGAUGCCCUUUUUUGAUCCGGUCGAUCCGGCCUAUUCAGUCUGCCCACAACAAUAUCAACGAAAUUCCACCGAGCUUCUCAAACAGACAAUUGCCUUGGCAGUGCGCUUGAGACAAGAUAAAAUGCUCGAUGCGUUGCUCAAGCGCGGCUCGGAGCUCGGCGUGGAUCUUGGAGGCGAGAGUUCGCACUUUGCAGAAGUUGUUGUAAGGGAGAAAGUCACAAGUCUUCUGAGAAUCUUUCUCGACAACGGUGCUCCCGUUGAUGAUGAUCUGCUAUGUUUAGCAGUUCGGAGCUGCCACAAAGCAACGGUACAAACUCUUCUCGACGCAGACGCAGACCUUUAUAGGUCCGGGGCGCUUCACCUAGCUGCUGAGUCUGGCGACAACACUAUUGUAGAACUCUUGCUACAAAAGGGGGCUGACGUCCAGGGGCAGGAUGAAUCAGGUCGGUCACCGUUGUGUAUGGCGUCUGCACGGGGACACCUCAGAAUUGCAGAGACUCUCCUUGGAGAGGGCGCGGACAUCAAUCAUGCGGAUUCCCACGGCCGCAAUCCACUUUGGAGGUCAAUCCACGCCGGUCAUCCACACGUUGUCCAGCUUCUUUUGGACAAAGGCGCCAACGUCCAUUGCGUUUAUAUCAAGGGCUGCCGGCCGCUUCAUCUGGCCAUCCGUAUGAUGAAUAGCGCGCAGAAAAGCGUGCAGUUACUCCUUGAAAAGGGAGCCGAUGUCAAUUGCCAGCAAGACAACGGCAUGACGGCGCUGCAUCUUGCAGCCCAGAGAGGAGAGCAUUCUGUUGUGGAAACGCUACUAAGACACGGCGCUGACCCCAACCUAGGCUACAAGCACGGCAAAACAGCGCUCUCUGAAGCCAUCAAUCAUGCCGUCGAGUCUUACCCCCACCACUCGCAAGAGACAAUCUUGUCUCUCGUCCGGGGCGGCGCCGAACUGGACACUCCCAGCCCAGAAGGCUUGGACAUUCGUGCCUGGGCCCUUCGGUUGGAAAAGAACCAUCCAGGGAUUGGUAUUCAUCAGUCGCUGUUGGCGGUGAGUGAAGGUUCACAGAGUGAGUCGGUCGAUAUCAUGGCUGGGUGA